AUGAUCAUGAGCGAUGGAAAUAGCGCCAAAACAGCCCAUCUUCAGCGGCGAUUGGACUUGGUAGAGCAAGAGCUGCGACUUGAAAUUGAGAAUUUGCGAGCAGAAGUUGCCGGAGCAUCACAUAACAGCGAUGCGGGAUUUUCCCAGAGGUUGCUCUCGCAGCGUAGACCAACAACCCUCUCAGUUGCGGAAACGGAUAUCCCAUCUUCCAACAUUGAGUCCUCUAUUAUCACUACCGAGAGUGAAUGGGAUGAGCUAUACGCCUUCUUUUGCGCCAAGUGCGCCACGGUCAUUUCUGUGAUAGAUGACCAGUUGUAUUCGCCGAGUGAAACUAUCAAAAAUCACCCACUCAUGUCAGCUGUCAUAUGCGCAAUCGCAUCAAGGGCUGUGAGACCCGCAAAAUAUCAAGAAUAUGUCGCUACCGUUGACAAAUUAAUUAUGCACACGUUCCAAGGGCCAGUUCCCGACCUACUUGGAUUGCAGGCUAUGAUAGUAUUCGCAACAUGGACCGGUCGGACCCGUCUAAUAGGCUACAUUGCAUCAGUCGCCACUGAGCUGAAGUUGCAUGAGGCGGCUAUCCUAAUUGGAGAUGAGGAGACUGAGUAUACCCCAGAUCUUGUUGGGCGUGCGAGGACCUGGUUUACUUUAUGUUGCUUAGACCUGCAAACGAAUAUCAGCCGGCCCUUCGUCAUUAACAACAUGAGGGACUAUUUACCUUAUGCAAAGUAUAUCGCCAUGUCUCCACAUCAUCGCCCCGUAGAUGACAGAAUCCGUGCCUAUAUCAAAGGUUUUACGAUAACUGGGAACUUGAAAGGGCAACUUAAAAGCUCUCAACUGACGGCUAAACCUUUGUUGCAAGAGGUUGUUGAUCUCUUCACCUCCGCCGAUGAAAAGGUUGAUCAAUGGUUCCAUGAAAUCAACAACAACAUCCAUCCACUCUAUCAAACAUUCCCAGAGAGGCAGGAUAGAAACCGACUUCUAAUGCCAUUUGCCUUCAUGAAGCUCUAUAUAAACGGCCUAGCAUUGCAGGGUGUGGGAUCGGUGGACGAGUUGACCUCUGAUCCCGCCCGAGUAGAAUUUAUCCAGCGAGCCUUGGAUAGCGCAAGUCUAAUAAUCCAGACUCAGUACGAGUCUGAUGAGUUCAAGCGAGCAUUUCAAUACACAAUGGACUAUUUUUGCACACCAACAUACUACGCUAUCAGUUUCAUUUUUAAAGCCCUUCCGUUGGCGUACAAUUUUGUUGACUCCCAGAGGCUUCUAGCCAGAGUACGACAAGCAGCUCAUAUGUUUCAGCAGGCAGGAGCUUAUGACGCGGCAAAUGAAUUACGACAAGGUGUUGAUCGAAUAGGAGCUUUAACUCAAACGAUUCUUAGUCCUGAGUCUCUUGACCCCGAAAUCGAAAUCCCCCUCAAUGCUUUGUUUGAUAUUCCGAGCUUUAUCGAUGAAAUGGCUUGGGAUGAUGAUUUCCCCACAUUGGGCAUGUUUCCUUCUGUAUGA